UUCAUAAGUUGUGAUGUGAUUCUAUGUUUGCUGAUGUUCUUGCUUAUUGUCAUUGGGUUUGUUAGUGUGCCGCUAUAAAGUAGCUGACAAGUUUUUUAGGGGGACAUGACUAUAGAUAUGAGAUUGUGACCCUAGUAAUGGGUGGAAAUACGAGAUUUGAGUUAACAUCAGCCAGUCCUGAGACCAGUUACCACGAUGGGCAAAGGGGAUACUCUACUCUUACUUUAGAUAUAUCAACAAGUUUCAGAGAGAGCGCAGAUAACAAAAAUGUUGCUUCUGGAAAGGCAAAUUCUAGAGGAAGUGUGUACAUUUCUGGAGAUGUGACUACAUUAUCUCAGUGCCUAAUGUUGGAGCCAAUUGCUAUCAAUGAUCAAAAGCAUGCACGGUCUGGGGACUUGAGGAAGGUUCUUGGUUUUUCUGCUGGUAGCAAUUCAGAAGACAACUCUUUUGGUGCUGCUCAUUUAAAAAAUUCAUCACCCGGGGCGGUGGAGGAAUUGAAGCGAUUAAGAGCAAGUGCUGCAGAUACUUGCGUUAAAGCCAGUGGUAGAGCAAAGAAGUUGGAUGAUCAUUUGAAUAAGUUGAACAAAUAUGUUGAGGCGGUGUCCUCCAAAAAGCAGCAGCAAAGGAAUGAGAUGCUGACUAAUGAACGGUCAAGUGGUUCAACCUUGAAGACUGGAUCCAUGAUGCAUCGAAAUACUGCUGAAUUUGGAAAUCUAAUGUUUGAUGAGAGGCCUAAGAAUGGUGGAUUGAAUAAGCGUUUACGGACAUCAGUUGUAGAAACUCGGGCAGAAUGUAGGGCUGGUGGAGCAUCGCGGCAACCUAUGGCACCGACAAGAGAAAGAGACAUGCUUAAAGAUAACAAUGCAGAUUUUGAUACUGUUGAGGGUAAAAUAAGAAGAUUACCUGCUGGUGGAGAAGGAUGGGACAAGAAAAUGAAAAGGAAACGCUCAGUUGGUGUAGUCUUCUCGAGAUCUAUUGAUAACGAUGGGGAACUGAAAAGAACCAUGCAUCAUAAGUUGCCUGGUGAAUCUAGCCUGCAAUGUGAUUCUGCCCCUAGUAUCAGGCCAAGUGCUUCUGGCAGCAAUAACAAACUAGAUCCAGUUUCAUCUCCUGCCGGUUCAAGUGCUCUGGAUUCUUCAUCUAGGAUGGGUAAUCGCGAGGACAUCAAUGCUAUAUGUCCUAGUCCAAUAUUAAAAGGGAAGGCUUCAAGGGCACCACGGAGCGGAUCUAUGGUUUCAGAUAUUUCAGCUUCAAACAUACCUCGUGUAUCUGUGACUUUGGAGAGCUGGAAACAGCCACAAGCAGUACAUAAAACUUCCACUAUUGGUGGGGAUAACAAUCAGAAACGUUCAAUGCCUGCUGGAUCAUCAUCUCCACCCAUUACUCAGUGGGUUGGUCAGUGGCCACAGAAGAUCUCACGAACCAGGAGAACAAACCUUAUCCCUGUAUCAAGCCAUGAUGAUGUCCAGAUGCAAUCUGAAGGAUGCUCACCUUCAGAUUUUAGCCCCCGGUUUAGCAGUGGUACCAGUGCCACUCUUCCCACCAAGGGUUCUGCCAGUGGAAACUUAAAUUUUAAAUCAAGAUCUGAAAAUGAUCCGUCUCCUAUAAGGUUGUCGGAAAGUGAAGAAUCGGGUGCCGGUGAAAUCAGAAUAAAGGAAAAAGGUUUAGGCAGUGGAGAUGGGGAAGAGAAGGAUGCAAAUGCUGCUCAGAAUGUUGGGCCAUCUGCAAUCCCCGUGAAAAAGAAUAAACUUAUGGUCAAAGAAGAAAGUGUUGAUGGCGUGAGGAGACAAGGGUGUAGUGGGAGGGUUUCACCAUUUUCUAGGACUAGUCCGUCACCAGCAAUAGAGAAAAUGGAUAAUGAGGGGACAACUAAACCUCAACGGAAUGCAAGGUCUUCUGAAAAGGAUGGAAGCAAGUCAGGUCGUCCUCUGAAGAAGCUUUCGGAUCGCAAAGGAUAUUCUCGUCUUGUUCAUAUUGCCAAUGGUGGCUCCCCUAGUGGUAGUGGUAAACCUUGGCAUAUUUCAUUUUUUAGCUUUUCUUUGUGUAUGUUUUGCCUGCCAAUGUUUGUUAGGUCUUUUAUAGAGAUUAUCAGGAACUUGUUUGAUCAGAUGGCCCGAUUCUUGGCUAAAUUCAGCACUGCUGAUUAUGCCCAUGAAGAUAUUGCCGCGCCCGAUUCUUUCAAUUUUGGAGGAUAUAGAAGCAUAAAAAGUGAAAUUGGGUCAGAGAACUCUUUGGAUCGGAUGGGAUACAUUGAGCAGCUUGAAACUUCCCCUCCAUAUGGUUGCUCAGAAAGAGAGAAAAGAUAUGAUGUACUUCCCCCACUUUAUCAAAGAGUACUCACCGCUCUCAUUGUUGAAUAUGAAAUUGAAGAAUCCGAAGACACUGGCAAUGCACACAUAAUCUUUUCAUGUAAUGGAAGUGCGGACUAUGAUAGGAGUCACAAUACUCAAAAUCGUUUUGGUAAUGGUGAGCUGCUGCAAAGAGAGGGGGGCUAUGUGCACUCUGAGGUUGAAGUGUUGGUUAGACUCUCAACAUGUGAUUAUGUUUUCCAAAGUCUGCAGACGAGUAACUGUGGCAUUUCUUCUUAUGAGUGCCAGUAUGAGCAGAUGUGUGUUGAAGAAAAGCUUGUACACGAAUUGCAGAGUGUUGGUCUGUACCUGGAAGCCGUGCCUACUUUGAACGAUAAAGAAGAUGAGGCAAUAAAUGAGGAAAUUGUACAACUAGAGAAGGGACUUCAUGAACAGAUGGGGAAGAAGAAACCUUGCUUGAAUGCUAUAUGCAAGGCUGUUCAGGAAGGCAGGAAUAUCAUAGGAAGAGACCUCGAGCAGAUUGCGAUGGACAAACUUGUUGAGUUGGCGUACAAGAAACUUUUGGCAACUAAAAGAAGCUUUGCUUCUAAACAUGGGAUAAGUAAGGUGUCAAAACAAGUUGCUUUGACAUUUGCAAAGAGGACACUCACGAGAUAUCGAAAAUUCGAGAUGGAUUCAAGAACAAGCUGCUUUUCGGAUCCUACACUCCGGGAUAUCAUUUUUAACGCACCACCUCGUUUUGAUGAAACAGAGAUGCUUACUGGUGCUGGUCAGACACUUGCUAAUGAUGCAUUUGAUGUUCCGGUUCAUCAAUCGAAUGAGGCUUUCGCGGAAAAUGGGCCAAUAACCAAUAGGGCAAAGAGGAAGGAGCUAUCUCUCGAUGAUGUUGGAGGAGCUGGUUUCCGAGCCUCAUCUGCUAUGAGCGGCGAACGCAGAGCAAAAUCUAAGCCCAAGCAGAAAAAUGCAGAGCCAUUGACUUCAGCGAAUGGCUUUAGCAAUAAAUCCUCGGAGUUUGCUAAUCUGCCGCUGAACGAUAUAGACGCCAUUGAUGAGCUGGGUGUGGAUUCGGAGAUUGGGGAGCCGCAAGAUCUGAAUUCUUGGUUUAACUUUGAUGUGGAGGGAUUGCAGGAUCAUGAUUCAGUCGGGCUUGAGAUACCUAUGGAUGACUUGGCCGAACUUAACAUGUUCUGAUGAUUGAUCGCUUGUUGUACAGAGUGUAUUGAUUUGAUUAUUUAAACUGGUUCUUCUUAUUUUCUUUUUUUUUUUUUUNGUAUUGGAUUUUUUUGAGGACGGGUCUAGAAAAUGGGGGAUAUUUUGGGUUUGCUAUGCGUUAAGAUAAUAGUGUCAGCAUGAAUUGCUGCUGUAAUUAUGCAUUGUUUAUUGUAUAAAAUCUGGAAAAUUUGAUUCAGUGGUUUUUUGUAGUUAAUGUUAAAACAGUGGUUCUUUA